AUGGCCGAGACCAAGCGGCCGGUGGGCCUUCUCUUCGACAUCGGCGGAGUUUGUGUCGUCUCCCCAUUCCAGGCUAUCCUCGACUACGAGCUGUCCAAAAACAUUCCUCCCGGAUGGGUCAAUUUCAGUAUUUCCCGAACCUCGCCGCACGGUAGCUGGCACCAGCUGGAACGAGGCGAGAUCCCCAUGGACGCCAACUUCUUCGCCGCAUUCAACAAAGACCUCCGGAACCCCGACCUGUGGAAGCAAUUUCAUGAGUGGCUCGCGAAUAAGAAAGGCCAAUCACCCCCGGCUCAGACACCCCCAUUGCCUGAAGUCGACGCCGAAUGGCUCUUCUGGGAGAUGAUGAGGAUCUCACGCACCCCCGACCCGUACAUGUACCCCGCGCUGAAGAAGCUGCGAGCAUCGGGUCAGUUCGUGAUGGGGGCUUUAUCGAAUACGACCAAGUUCCCCGAGGGCCAUCCGUACAAUAAGGACGUCUCCGGAGUCAAGUCGCAAUUCGACUUUUUCAUCUCGUCGGCGCAUACCGGUCUGCGCAAGCCCGACCCGAAGAUCUACCAGGUCGCGAUCCAGGAGAUGGACGCCGAGGCUAAGAAACGGGGGUUUUCGGGGGUUAACCCGGCGGAUAUUGUCUUCUUAGAUGAUAUUGGAGAGAAUCUCAAGGCAGCCAAGAAGGCUGGGAUCCGCACCAUCAAGGUGACACUGGGCAAGACGGACGGUGCCGUGCGGGAGUUGGAGAAGAUCACGGGUCUGCAGCUGCUGGAGGAGGACAAGGCGAGGCUAUAG